UCAGUGGUUCUAGGUAGAUUGAUCAUGCCUGGCUUUGCUAACCCUCUAGGAUUGUAGGCACGAGUGCCGAUCAUCGAUUCGCAUUUUCUCGCCUGUCCAGUAACAUUAGCCAACAAAGUCUGGUCUCUCUCCAGUUCAAGUUGACGUUGACACUGAGUUUGUUCUACUCGGGAUAUUUAUGAUCCUUCUCUGAAGCAAUUUGUUUGUUUUAUAUGGCCCGUAAUCAAGUAGCAUGACUUAAGCGAUAUCUUAAUUAGAAAGGUAUGAUAACACGCCAGCUAUCAUAGCUAACGUUAGCAUAGUGUUGAUGUUGCUAUUCAACAGUUAACGUUAACGUAGCCGAAGCGUUAGCUACAGCUACCACUGAUAUCAGUGCCUAGCAUCCACCUAGCUCCAUAUAGCUACCAAUAUUUUCUGCUUAGCUAGUAUUGUAACGUUACCGCUAACACAUGAACACGUCUCGAUAACAAAUUCUCAGGAAAUACGCCUCGUGAUUAACGUUCUUCGCAUCAUCAUAUCAAAGCAGAAAGGGUCUUAUGUGAGGACAUUGGGAUCCUAGACGUCGUAGAACCUAGUUUGGUCAGCUCCAUGGACCUCAACUUUUAUUCCGACCUCUCGGAUGGCUCGAGGCAGCAGGUCGACUCGGAUUUCUUGGAUGCUCAGUCUUUCAAUGGAUACGAGUCUAUGGACAAGUUCCCGGGUGGCAGUGACAACUACAUGACCAUCACGGGGACGAGCCAUCCAUUUCUGUCUUCUACGACCUUUCACACUCCCAGCCUUGGGGAUGAAGAAUUUGAAAUACCACCAAUCUCCCUGGAUCCUGACACGGCCCUCACCGUAGAGGAUGUGGAGGCUCACUUCGAUGAGCUGACUGACAGCUCAGGAGGAGGGGGGGGACCUCUGGGAGCAGGUGGCCUGUCCCAGAAUGCUGUUGUUGGGGGCACGGACCCUUCCUUUGCCUCCACGUAUGUGAGUGCGCAGACACAGGGCCUCGAACACCUGAGUCUGGGGGUCAUGAACCAGUCUGGAGGGAGUGCACUUCUGAGUUCCACACUGGCAGUGGACCUUGGUCACUCAAUGGACUCCCAUUUCAGUAGCUCGUCUCCAAUGCCCAUUGAUGUGCCCCUGGGUGAUAUGAGUGAUGGUGUACUGGGUCACAAUCAGCUGACCACCAUUGACCACUCGGAGCUGAGUGCACAGCUGGGCCUAAGCCUGGGAGGCGCAGUGAUGCUGUCGCGCACCAAAUCUCCGGACCAGCCCCUGUCAGCCACGCCCUCACCUGCAGGCUCCCUGCAGGACGAAGAUAUGGACGAUUUCAGACAGAGCGUCCUGAUAGAUCCGCCGGUCUCUCUCUCCUCCCCUGUGAUUGUGUCGCAUAUGCCCUCGUUGGCAGGCACCUCGCAGGCCUCUGCAGCCUCUCCAGCCCUCGUGCGGAGGAUUGGGGGCAAACCCGCCAUGGGGGCCAUUGCGGGUGUGGGUAGCGGGCCGGGGGUGAAGAAGGGGAGGAGGAAGAAAGAUCCCAACGAGCCGGCGAAGCCCGUGUCGGCGUACGCCCUCUUCUUCAGGGACACGCAGGCGGCCAUCAAGGGCCAGAACCCGAACGCCACCUUUGGGGAGGUGUCCAAAAUUGUGGCCUCCAUGUGGGACAGCUUGGGCGAUGAGCAGAAGCAGGUGUACAAACGGAAGACUGAUGCUGCUAAGAAGGAGUACUUGAAAGCACUCGCUGCCUACAGGGCAAAUAUGCUGUCCAAGCCCUCUGCUGAGCUGCUGGACGCUCCCGCCUCCCCUCCCUUGUCAGCGCCGUCCCCUGUGCCCGUGGCUCCCCCUGCUGUCCAGGCCCGGCCCAUCCGGCUGGCCCACAACCCCGACCAGAACACCAUCACCAACAUCUGCGCCUCCAACAUCAUCCUGGACCUCCCGCAGGUCACCACGCGCUCGCGCACCGGCGCCCUGCCCGCCACCGUCAUGGCCCCCGCGCCCACCCUGGCCGUUACCGCCGCCGCCCCGGCGCCCACCGUCACCAAGAUCAUCAUCUCCAAGCAGAUGCUGCAGGGCCUGCAGGCCCAGGGCGCCCAGAUCCACCAGAUCCCCACCUCCAUGGUGACGGUGAUCCCGGGCGGCAUGCGGGCGCUGCAGACCACCAUCGCCGGCGGUGCCACGCGCCAGCCGCCGCCGCUGCAGCAGAUGCAGCACACGCCUCCGCCCCCGCGCCUCCAGCAGAUGGUGCACUCCUCCGCCCUGCCGCCGCUGCAGGCCAAGCCGCGGGUCACGGCCGCCGCGCCGCCGCCCCCGCUCCAGAUCAAGAUCGUCCCGGCCUCGCUGCAGUCGGACAUGGCCACGCCCGUCAUCGUGACCACGGCGACGGGCAUGGGCCAGACCGCCGUCUCGUCCUCGGCGGUGGCGGUCUCGCUGCAGAUGGCGCAGGCUCAGCCUACGGCGAUCGUGGCCACUCCUGUGGAGGAGGCCUCAGCAGACGAGAGCUCAGAGCAGAUGGAGGUGGAAUGGAACGUGUCCCCGAUGGCGGCGGAUGGCACGGCGGGCACCCAGUGUGUGCGCGCCGGCUGCACCAACCCAGCCGUGGAGAGCCGGGACUGGGAUAAGGAGUACUGCAGCAACGAGUGUGUGGCCACCCACUGCAGGGACAUCUUUAUGGCUUGGUGCUCCAUCAGAGGCCAGAACUCGACAACGGUCAAGUGAGGAAAGAAGUUCUGGAGGUGGGCGAGACGGGAACAAGCAAACAUGAUGGAACAUCUCGGAGAAAGAAGUGAUGAACAAAAGAUUAUGUAGAAGAGAGGCUUAGUUGAAAGAACCUUUUGUUUUCUUUUAAUGUUUACCUCUAAAAUGAGGGCCUGUACGUAUUUGUAAAUAGUUAUAGGAAGGAGCAUAGGUACACAAAUCAACACCAGAAUGCAAGGACAGUAAAAUGUGUAAUUCUGUCAUUCAGGUGCCUUUUAGCUCCUUGAGGAUGUGGACACACAGAAGUUCCUCUGGUCAACUGGAGUGGACUUUUCAACUCUAAACAAUUGCUCAUGACCUGUGUCUCUUGGUCCUUCGUUUCCUGAAUGCUACAUUCUACUACAUUUACAGUCCCCCAGAACAGUCACCACACACACACGCACACAUUCCCUGUGCCAUGACACUCCGUGCCAUAAUUAAGAAAAUGUAAAUCAUGAAUAAGGGCAAAUGGAACUCAAGGGCAGUGGUUACUUUUGUACUUUUAUUUUAUUAUCUUUCUCCAACUGUACAGGCACUGAAAUGGCAUCAGAAAGGAGUGGUGGUUCAAAUGAGGAGUUUGGUGUGCGGUGGUGUAGUUAACCCAUUAUUGCCUUCAAUUCACUCUGUCAAUUUGAUCCCAACCUCCUGCAUCACAAAGCUUCCUCUUAGUUUGUCCAGAUGGUUUCAACGUGAGGCAUGUGUACCAUGUUACCAUACCACAUUAUGUGUACCAUAUUUUCUGGCCUUCUACAUGUGUAUAAAUAGCCUAGUAUCUCUUCUUAAAGCUUCCUUCAGUGAAAUGCAAACAAGUUUUUUUAUUAUUAUUAUUAUUAUUUCGUCAAAUGGCUAAUGGGGCUUUGGCUAGGCCCUUAGAUGUUUGUGUCUUUCUUUCUCUCUUUUUUUGUUGUCUCAGGUGGUCCACAGUGAUUUCUUUGCAUUUCUGUUUUAUUUGGAAACUCGUAGAUCACUGUCCACAAUGAAUAAAUAGACACAGACAUGUAAAAGUAUAAUG